GGCUCAGCAGCAGCCCACGAGAAAGCGCCGAGUCCCGCUGUGUUGUUCCAGGGCUGGGCGCUGCUGGCAGCUCUUCUCCUCGCUGGGCUGGGGCACCCCGUAGCAGAAGCCUUCAAGGUGAACAGGCGCCCGGUGCGGACUCGAACCUGCGCCGACCGGCCGGAGGAGCUGCUGGAGCAGCUGUACGGGCGGCUCAGCGCGGGAAUGCUCAGCGCCUUCCACCACACGCUGCAGCUGGAGCCGCUGGAGAAAGACCAGAAUGUCAGCUGCCCGGCAGGGGGCAGAGCAGCCAGCGAGAAAAAGUACCGCCUCCCUAUCAACCUGCACAGCGUCUCCCCCUGGGCCUACAGAAUUUCCUAUGACCCCACAAGGUAUCCCAAAUACAUGCCUGAGGCAUACUGUCUGUGCAAGGGCUGUCUCACUGGGAUUUAUGGCGAGGAGAAUUUCCACUUCCGCAGCACUCCAGUGUACAUGCCAACUGUCAUCUUACGACGCACUUCAGCAUGUGCUGGGGGUCGCUACGUGUACACAGAGGAUUACGUCACUAUUCCCGUGGGUUGCACUUGUGUACCUGAGCAGGAAAAAGAGACAGACAGUGUCAAUUCCAGCAUAGAUAAGCAAGAAAUGAAGUUGCUGGUAAACCAGAAUGACAAGCCAGCAUCUGAAUGAGACGCCUUGAAGGAACCCUGGGUACAACAUUGGCUUCAAGUUAAUAUUUUGCUGACUCAAGUGAUGAUACAGCAAUAGGGAAAAAUCAUUUUGUCUUUGUAGCUACCCGUUGCAGUUAUAAGGGGUGGCUGGGCUCAGUAGAUUGCUACUCAGCCAUGCAGACAAGAUGCAGGAAGCAAGAAGGAUCUUUUCAAAGUUCAGCUUCUUUGUUUUAUUUAGAGUUAAACAAAAUUUAAUCUAUCCUUGCUUAUGUUGGGUGAAUUUUAUAAGGGGCUGUAACCAUGCAAAAUGCCAGCUACUUUUAUAACAAACUACUUUACAAUCAUCGUAUAGGCUGCCUUUUGAUAAUUCUAUGUAAAAGUCACUUACCUGCAGCAUGUGUACCAUUGUGUUAGAAGUAGAAAGGAAGCCAGUAAUUCUGAUUGCUGGGGUCCUCCUGUUACCUUGCAGACUUUAAAACUCCCAGUAAGAUUCUUGGCUGCUACAACCUUAGCUAUUUAGAGUCUACACAAUGGGAACCUUUUCCACUUAAUGCUUUUCAGCUGUGUUGAAUUGUUACAAAUCACCCAGACAAUACUCCAAAAAAGGAGACACCCUCUUUACUGUCAUUGUUAAAUUCUUCACACAGCUACAAGCAACAGACUUGCAGAUGAAACAUUAGCUAGAAUGUUACAAACCUGUAAUAGUAACUUUUCUUAUAUGGUUUAAAUCUUUCUACUAGUAAAAGGAGACAAAUAUAAUAAAGAGACUGAUGCUGGGACACAAGUAUUCCCUCUUCUGCUCUUUACUGUUAGACAUGACAGCUGUAUCCUUUAAAGCUGCAAGCCUUGUCAUGUUGACCAUGAAGCCCACUGAGAGAAAUUCAAUAGGAAAGAAAGCAAAGGCAAUUCAGAUAUGUGUACAACUUGUGUUAUUGUCUUUCGUGUGCAUGAUCAGUAAUGGGAUAACAGCCUAGGAAAGAUCUGUGGUUCUGCAGUCAGGGGCACUGGAAGAAUUUGUAUAGUAUGGGUGGGAGCAUGCUGAGAGCCAUUAAAUACAAGUAUACACCCUUUAUAUAACGGAAACCAAUUCAGGGCAGGGGAUGGGGCAGCACCUCUAGUUUCAGCACCUACGUAUGCGGCAGCAUUUGGUGUAAUAUCCCCAUAAGGCAACAGCCAGUGGAAAGCAGUAAGAGCUCAUGUUCUUGCAGAGGUCUGAGGUUCUAGUCAGUAGAACUUAUCGUGGUACCCACAUGCUGUUAAUGCAUCCUAGCCAUCUGAAAGACGGCAUUUCUCCCUCUCCAGACAGCCACAAGAGGCCAAGAUUCCACUAAGUGAAUUCUGUAGCACAGAUACUCGCUGGGCACCCACAGCCUCCCAAGGAAACUGUACUCUCCAGCAACACCAGUUCUCUCGCCCAAGACAGUAAGACACAGCUUUUUCAGCGGGAGGCUCCUGAUAAUGCAGAUAAUGUGUUUGUACAGUAAUAUGUUUGCUGCUUCAAUAUCCUCAGAAUUAUGCUUGAUCCAUGCACGUGUUCUUUGUAUUAGACAAAAUUACCAAUGCCUCCUGGAAAGCAAGACGCUGCCCAAACCAACAUUUAUUUUCCUGAAUCUCCACAGCACAUAGGGGGAGUUGUGAGGACUAGGAAAACCCAUGAGCAAAGCAGAAAUUAACAAGCUGAAUAAGAAGCAAAGUAAAAAUCAGUCACACUACACUAGGUGUCUCUGGUAGUGUGUAGUGAUAAAGAUUCAGAUUUUGUCACUGGUAUAUUAAUAAAAGUCAUGGACAGGUCACAGGCAAAAAAGAUGGAACCAGGAAACCCACAAGCUGUCUUUGACUUUUACUUAAAAUACCUGGGGAAGACAGGGUAUGUCUAGACUACAUGGCUCUGUCGCCAGAACCAUGUAGAUUAGUUUACUAGACGUAC